AUGACAUCACUAGUGCUUGCAAUCCCAGUCAGUUCUAGAUGGUUAGUGGUGUACACAGAUGCUUCCAAGAAUGGUUUAAGGGUUGUGCUGAUGCAGAAUGGGAAGGUCAUUGCCUAUGCUUCACAUCAGUUGAAGGUGCAUGAGCAAAACUAUCCCACCCAUGACCUAGAAUUGGCGGCAGUCAUCUUUGCUCUAAAAAUUUGGAGGCAUUAUCUUUAUGGGGAACGUUGUGAUAUAUACACAGACCAUAAGAGCUUGAAAUAUUUUUUCACACAGAAGGAAUUGAAUAUGAGACAAAGACGGUGGUUGGAGUUGGUGAAGGACUACGACUGCAACAUUAACUAUCAUCCGAGUGAAGACCGAACACCAGAGGCCAGCAGGACUAUUGGAACCGCUUCUGAUUCCUGUUUAGAAGUGGGAAGAUAUUGCCAUGGAUUUCAUAGUGAGAUUGCCAACCUCACCCAAGGGAUCAAAUGCAGUAUGGGUUAUGGUAGAUCGACUGACGAAGUCAACACAUUUCUUGCCGAUAAAAGCCACCUUCACAAUGAUGCAUGUCGGACACCAUUGCAUUGGGAUGAGAUAGGAGAGAGAGCAAUUUUGGGCCUGGACCUUGUGACCUAUACAGUGAACCUGGUGGCUAAGAUUAGAGAUAGAAUACAAACAGCGCAAAGUCGCCAAAGGAGUUACGCCGACCACCGCCAAAGAGGUUUGAAGUUCACAGUUGGGGACCAUGUAUUUCUCAAAGUGUCGCCUAUGAAAGGGGUGUUGAGGUUCGGGAAGAAGGGGAAGCUUAGCCCAAGGUAUAUUGAGCCAUUUGAGAUUUUGGACCGGAUUGGGGCGCGAGCAUACCGGAUGGCCCUACCACCGAACUUGUCAGGAGUUCACAAUGUGUUCCACGUAUCGAUGCUUAGGAAGUACAUUUCCAACCCUUCACAUGUGAUUGGUCACGAGUCCGUGUAG